AUGGAUAACAAAAGUAGCAUAGUGAGGGUAAAGGAGGAGCCAGGCGAUACUUGGCGCGAUGAAGGCGACGGUAAUAUUUUCGAUUCGAUGGAUUUUCGCGAAGUCAACAACUUCAAAGCAUUUCCGUUACAUGAAUCAUCUGAAAAUCAUGUGAAUGAGGUUAUGGUAUUGCAAGAAGAGGAAGAUAAAAAAAUAUUCAUCGAUUUUGAGUGCAAAAACGUCAAACCGGAACUCGAGGUUUUAGCGACAACCAUCUGCAAAACUGAAGAUCAGAGUUAUCAACCUAUUGGGAAAAUGGAAAACCCGAUAGAGACUAAUGAUACGAACGACAAUUUUCACCUUGAAGAGUUCGAGGAGGUACAGACACUUGACAAUAUAACUCCAAACAAAAUGUCUCGGAAGUGUAAUUUACGUCGAAAAAGCAAUGCAGUACAUGAUCGAAUCAAACCCUUUGAAUGUGAUAUUUGUCACAAAUCAUUUGGACAAGAAAAUAAUCUCAAAUCUCACGUAAAUACGGUACAUGAUCGUAUCAAACCCUUUGAAUGUGAUAUUUGUCACAAAUCAUUUGGACAAAAGGGUUAUCUUAAAACUCACACAAAUACAGUACAUAAUCGUAACAAACCCUUUGAAUGUGAAAUUUGUCAGAAAUCAUUUGGACAAAAAGCAAACCUGGAAAAGCACAUAACUAGUGUACAUGAUCGAAUCAAACCCUUUAAAUGUGAGAUUUGUCACAAAUCAUUUGGACUAAAAGGAAACCUCAAACUUCACGUCAAUGCAGUACAUGAUCGUAUCAAACCCUUUGAAUGUGAUAUUUGUCACAAAUCAUUUGGACAAAAGGGUUAUCUUAAAACUCAUGCAAAUACAGUACAUAAUCGUAACAAACCCUUUGAAUGUGAGAUCUGUCACAAAUCAUUUUCAAGCAAGAGUUACAUCAAUAUUCAUAUUAAAUCAGUCCAUGAUCGAAGCAAACCCUUUGAGUGCGAGAUUUGUCACAAAUCCUUCGGCUAUGAAAGUGAUCUCAAAAAACAUAUAAAUGUACCUUAA